CUUUCUUUGAGAGAUAUAAUUACAAAAGUCUCCCUUUUUACAUGCAAUUAAAAUCGUGUGCAUUUUGGAUGUUUAUUAUGUUUUAUAGUAGAUUUAGAAGGGUAUCAUUCUGAAUGUAAAACCAUACAAGUAUCUUAAAUGAGCGAAAGAUAAAAUUGAUUCAAUUACUAACUAAUAUGGAUUCCGCUUAAUUAUUCGUUCCCACUGACAUUUAGAAAUGUGCGUGUGGAUGGAGUUCAGUUUAUGCAGACCGAGUUUAAUUGAAACAAAUUAAAAGUAUUGAUAACGCGGUUUUCUAAUCAGUAAUUCAGCGGAAACUUACAUCAAAACAAUGAGCAACGCGUGUGUUGUUUCGGAACAUGGACUUAAUGAAUUCAAUAAAAAAUAUUUUACUGAGAAAGUAGCAGACAUAAAAGUUAGAAUGGAUGACAACAUGGAUUAUGAUAUAACUAAUGAGGCUAGAAAGCGAAAGUUUGACAUACUGAAAAUUGACAAUGAUUUUAAAGAAAAUAACAGGUGCAGUGGUCAUUAUGAUGAAAAUGAUGAAUUCACCGACUAUGGCUUCUCUGAGAAAGUUGACAGAAGUAGAGGGCGGCCAAGAAUGCAACAUCCAACAAAGGUUUAUGGUGAGAUUACAAGACCGUGGACACCAGUCUUUGCCCUUUUGGAACACAAGUACAUAGAUAAGAAGGUAAAUAACUGCGAAAUAACGAUGUAAGACAUACACGCGGUAGCUUCCCCUGACAAUUUGACUGUAUCCAGUAUAAUUGUGCUAGAGCUCGGCUUAAAUAAACACUAUAGGAUACCAGUCUUGUAUCACGUGAGAUAUUGAUUACUGUCGCCAAGG